AAAUGCGAAAGGAGGAAGGAAGAAGACGGAAGACACUGUCGCAGAGGAAGAAGAGAGAGAGAGAGAGAGAGAGAGCGUUUGAGGUAUGCAUCUAUGGCCAUCUUUACGGAUCCGGGACUCGUUCAAGCAAGCCUACCUCGACAAGAUCGAGCGCAACCUCCACCGCAUGCAGCAGCACAAGCAGCGGCUGCGAGGGGAGCGAUCCAGUGAUCCCCUCCUUGCGAACAGCUCCUCCGAUGGCGACGCCGGGAGCAGCUCCUCCAAAGACCGGCUGCAGCACGAGACCCUUUCGCCUCUGCGCUUCUGCAGCGACAUCCUAUUCGUUCUGUCCUGCUGUUGCUGCUGCUUCUGCUGUGGAGCUUGCAUCGACGAGAAGGAGAACCAAACUCCACAUUGAGAAGAGCAUUCAUUCAAGGAGUUUGUAAGGUAUCUAAGAACUCGGAUGCCCGCUUUGGACUUCUAUGCUUUACUCAGUCGAUGCAAUGCUAUACUCGUUUAUAGUUUUGUAGAAUGAUUAAUACUCAGAAGUUUCCUAUUUUUCCUUGUAGUUUUAGAUAAAAUAUUGUUGUUCAUAAUUGUGCUUUUUUUUCUGCUUGGUAGAGUUCGUGUUUAUUGGGCAUGAAUUGACUAAUAUUUUUUCUUUAAUUUUCUUAAUGUUUAAGAA